AUGAAUCUAGGUGAUUUACGCUCCUAUCUCCGAGCACGUGCUCCAACGUCGUCCAGCUAUUCCCAGUUCCCUCCAGCCCUUAUCGAAAACGAGUUGCGGCUAAUAGUUCGGCAGAUUGUGUCGGGUUUAUGUUAUCUCACCUCUCAGCAAAUCGUACAUCGUGAUCUCGCUGCUAGAAAUUGCCUCGUCAGUGGAGAAACAGAUCUUCGCUGCUGCCUACCAUCCCAGCGACCUCCGAUUACAGUAAAGGUAAAAACAAGCCUUCAUUACUACAUCGAAUUUGGUGUCAAACUCGCUCUACAGAUCUCGGAUUUUGGAAUGUCUCGUCGACUUUAUGGUCAAGCUGACUACUAUAGAAUGCAUAAUCAUGCCUUGUUACCAGUUCGUUGGCUACCUCCUGAGGCAAUUAACGACUGCAAAUUUAGCGUUAGCAGUGACGUAUGGGCGCUCGGCGUUACAAUGUGGGAAGUCUUCAGCUAUGGAGAAGUCCCAUUUGCAGAACUCAACAAUUUCGAGAUGGUUUCGUGUGCUAUGGCCGGUAUACGUCCGCCUCGACCGAAAAGUUGCCCAGUAGCUAUGUACGAAUUGAUGCAACGGUGUUGGGUAGUAGAUCCUGAUGAGCGCAUUCGGCCGGAGGAAGUACUACUCGAUCCUGCUCUUGCGCCUGGGCUCAGUGAUUUUAUAAGUGCCUUCCCCACUUAG